AUGUAAUGGAAUACGUUACAAAAUACAUUUUAGGACAUGUAUUCUGUAAUCUGUAGUGGAAUACAUUUUAAAAGUAACCUUCAAAACACUCCAUAUAUAAUUACAAUAUAGAAAUACAGAAUGCUAACCUGUUCUGUGGUUAAAGUUUUGUUUUAUACAAGAUUUGGAAUAUUUCAAUAACUUAGUUUGUUUCUAACAAUGUAUACUUUAUACUUUAUUGAUCCCCGUGGUGAAAUUCCUCUCUGCAUUUAACCCAUUCAGUCUGUGAACCAGUGGGCAGCCAUUGGGCACCCAGGGAGCAGUGUGUAGGGACGGUACAAAUAGUCAAAUAGUCACGUUUAUCUGUGUCUUGGAAAACCAGUACUUUUUCUAAAGAGACCGGUUUAAGAAAUUAGCAGCCUAGUUUGACGAUAAGCAAAGUUAUCCAAGGCUGUUUAACAUUACCAUUAAGUUGGUCUGGUUUCUAUGAUUGCAUUUGAACUACUUCUAAAGAGCGUUGGCAUCCUGUUUGACUGAAACAAAAUGAGUUUGCUUUAUUUCAAACUUUUCCUGGUUUGAAAUGGCAGCAACACAGGAGCGCCACAGGGGUGUGUACUCUCGGCACUGUUCUGCUCCCUCUAUACUUCAAACUGGGUGGCCAUCCAUGGCUCCAAUACGUUUGUGAAGUUUGCUGACGACACAGUGGUGUCGGGCGCCAUCUCCAACAAUGAUGAGGUGGCCUACAUGGAUGAAGUGAAGAAUCUGGCAUUGUGGUGCCAGGAAAACCACCUCCAGCUGAACGUCUGCAAGACCAAGGAGCUCAUGGUUGACUUCAGAAGGAGUAUGCACAGAGACUACAAGCCCUUCAAGUACCUCGGUGUCCACAUCUCCUCAGAUCUGACAUGGUCUGCCCACAUUCAGGUCCAGUCCAAAAAGGCUAGGCAGCGCCUGUACCACCUAAGACAACUGAGGAAGUUCAGGGUCUAUCCAGGGAUCCUAAGAAUUUUCUUUACAGGCGCUGUGGAGCACAUCCUCACACAGAACAUCACAUCCUGGUAUGGGAAUAGCUGUGCCAAGGACAAAAGAGCUCUUUGGAGAGUGAUCCAUACAGCAGAACACUGAUGCAGGACUGGUAUCCCCUCCCUACAGGACAUUUAUACCAGGGGAUGCUGGUCCAGAGCAGUUGAGAUAUUGAAGGACCUGUCGUCCCCCCCCCCAGCAAUAAACUGUUCCAACUUCUGCAAUCAGGCAGAAGGUUCUGCACCAUCCAGGCAAGAGCAGAGAGGCUCAAGAGGAGCUACACCCUCAGGCCAUCGAUGUGUUAAAUCAGAACCCCAUGUGACAUAUAAGAGAUCUUGAAUCUUGAAUCUUCCAAAUAAAAUAUUUACAGAACUUCUCAUAGUGUUCAGCAGAAGUAGUCCAAGCCACCCGAGUCCGAGCUCAGGUGGCACAUGCCACAUUCUCAGGGACAGGAGGGUGUGGCGUCUUGUGCCAGCCUGAGGGUCCUAGGUCACUAAUGGGUCUCCAGCUCCUCUACAUCAAGACUCCAGAGGUGUUCUGUCAUCUAAGCAUCCUCAUCACUGUUGUCUGCUCUUAGUCAAGCCACCAGUGGUGUUACACCACCUCCAGCGACUUCAGCCUCCUCCUGUCUGUCCUCAUGUGGGGUCCCAUUUCCCAUCCCAACUUCAUCAGCAGGAGCCAACUGAUCAUCUUCUUUGUCACCAGCCGCCAGCCAAACAUCCUUAGGUACUCCAUCUUCACUGCCGCGGACUGACUUUUCACCAUCCUGAGACGCUCCGUCUUCAUCUCUGGGCUUGUGGCCUGGCUGUUAAAAAUGUGGAUGGAUUGAUGAAUGGAUCAGAAAUGCAUGUAUAUAAUAUAUGAAAUUCCCUCCAUAUUUAUAAUAGAAAUAGAUUAGAGUCAUGUGUUCUUUUACACUGUUUUCAGGUCCGUUUGCUGUGUGGAAACAGUGGCAUUAUGCGUGGAGAGGAGAACUAUCUGGAACAUCAACUUAUCUUUCAGAAUAAAAGCAUUUCAUUUCUAUUAGAAGUAGUAUCCUGCUGGUUAGAUGAGUUUCACUCCCAGGGUUAGGUCUGCAGGGAAAAGAUUUUUUUUACUCUGAAAAAUGCUGACAGGAUGUCUUCAGUUUGUUAAUGCCUCACCUACUUAACUGAUGAAAACAUGCCCUGCAGGUUACAUUUGCCAGAAAGCUUAAAGGAAUGCCAAAGCAAACAACAGAAAAAUAGAUUUAGUUUACCAAGACCCCAGGUUCACAACUUUGAGCGACUACUGCGAGCUAUCUAUGCACCUCAAAAUAUUUAUUGUGUCCAUGUGGACAAAAAAUCACCAGCCUCAGUCUUUAUUGCCAUCAACGCCAUUACUUCCUGUUUCCCAAAUGUGUUCAUGGUCAGCAAGGCUGUGAAUGUGGUCUACGCUGGAUGGACACGUGUACAGGCUGAUCUUAACUGCAUGGCUGAUCUCUAUAACACCAGUACGACAUGGAAAUACUUCAUCAACCUCUGUGGUCAGGAUUUCCCUCUAAAAACUAACUUGGAAAUUGUGCAAGCUUUGCGUUCACUAAAAGGAGGUAACAGUAUGGAGUCGGAGGAAAUGCCUCAAGGAAAGAAGGGAAGGGUGACAAAUGUUCACAAAGUAGUAGAUGGACAAAUGCAGCGAACAGGAAAAACAAAGGAUCCAGCUCCCUUCAAUCUGCCCAUACUAUCAGGAAAUGCCUACAUUGUGGUCAACCGAGGUUACGUCCGCAGUGUUUUGGAAGACAAGCGAAUACAGGCCCUCAUUGAGUGGGCCAAAGACACCUACAGUCCUGAUGAGUUUCUGUGGGCAACAAUACAGCGAAUACCUGGUGUUCCUGGCUCAACAUGGCCCAACCGUAAAUUUGACAUGACAGACAUCAACGCAAUUGCACGGAUAGUGAAGUGGCAGGGGCACGAGGGGUCAGAGGGUUCUCUGCAAGCAGUAUACCCAGAAUGUAAAGGCCACCAUGUCAGAUCAAUAUGUGUGUAUGGUGCUGGAGACCUGCAGUGGUUGAUUGAACAGCAUCACCUUUUUGCUAAUAAGUUUGAUGCAGACAGAGAUCCCAUUGCUAUCUACUGCUUGGAGAAAUAUCUGAGACACAAGGCACUGACUGAGUUAGAUUAGUUGGAGAGUUAAUCAUCCACUAUGAAGGACAAUUCAAAUAGAUAACCAGAAGUAUAAACACAUUCUUGGAUAGUGUUGGAUCAUAACUGUCAUGUGGACAUAG